AUGAGUUUGUACUCUUCUGCUAGUAUUAAGGAGGUUCAACUACCUCUUUGUCCAGCGUUAUGUGUAAUAAUUUCUGGUGGGUUACAAAUCUCACUCAGCUUAGGAUGGAGUACUGGCGAAAACGUGCCUAUAACUAUUCAAUAUCGACUCUGCUGGUUUAUCGCAUAUGCAGUGGGUGCUUUUUUAGUAGCACCACUGAUGUCAUUUGUGCAAAAGAGAUGGCUAAUGAUGUUAUGCUGCACUCUCGCAUUGGCAAGUGGUUUGAUUUUUGUCAUUGUCCCCAACAAUUAUGUUGCAAUUUUAGUUGCACGUUAUUUGAAUGGAUUUGCCAAUGGUUUUGCUACAGUGCCGUAUUUAGUGCAUGCUGCAGAGGUUUGCACUCUAAGUCGAGGAGUAGCUCUGGCAAUAGAACAAUAUUGCAUAUCUAUGGGAAUUAUAAUAACACUUGCUUUUUCCUAUUCUAUACAAACACUUGCUGAGGGCAUUGGUAACUUAAUAGUUGGUAUUUUUACUAUUGUGACAGCUGCAGUUGGUUUGGGAAUUUUAUACUUUGUUUAUGAAUCACCUAUAUAUCACCUACGAAAAAACGAUGAAACUCAGGCUUUACAAAGUCUUCUUCGCUUCUACCGACCAUCUAUUAUGUCAGAAAAGGCACGAACACAAAUGAUUGAAAUUAAGGAAUAUGUUAAAGCAAAUACAGAAAAUAGCGGAUGCGAGAAUUUCUCCGGAAGUCUAUUUGCACUUAUAAAAGUUCUACUUUAUCGUUGCAUGGUUGCCUUCAGUUUCUCAUUGCCGCUAAAUGAAGCAUUUUUAGUUUCUUCAGUGUUAAGUGUUGGUUCUUAUGUUUGGCCUGUAAUAGUUUUUAGUGGUUUGCGAUUAUUAGCUGCAAUAGUUGGAGUAACCUUAAUAAAUAAAUUUGUAUCUAAAAUCAUUUUUAUACCAAGUUUGUUAAUAAUGGGUGCAUUGACUAUUGGCAUUGGAAUAGCAUUCAACAAACUGGAGUUUACAGUCGUAUUGGUACUAUCAUUAUUAACACAAUGUUUUGCUGGAAUCUUUGUGCCUAGUACUUCCGCCUGCCUAGGCGAAGCAUUUUCCAUGAUAUUGAAGCCAUACUUUAUAGCUUUUAGCAUUGCAAUAGAGCAAGUUGUACAUAUCAUAGUCAUAUGCACUUUUGUUUUUUCAAGAUAUGCUAUUUUUAUAUAUAGCAUAGCAACUGGUGCUAUUAUGGUUGGUUUAAGUUUUAUCUUUUGGAUAACUUUACCAAAUUUAAAGAAAAAUACAUUAUUGGAAGCUGAGAAUCGUUACAGUAAAAUAAUCAACAUAAAAAAUUAA